UUGGUCAACACGAUUUUCCGGCUGUGCGCCUAUUGGCUGGCGAAACUUGUAAGCGAGCUUGAAAUGAACGUUUGAACGCUGAUUGUUUUCUAGCCCCUAAAUGAAGAUAUUUUUUUCGCUGUCUGCGAGGUUUUGGCAUUAAAUCAGUUUUAAGAUGGGAGAUUCUGUUGAGCUACAUGUUCAUCCAGAAACCCCUGGGAAACCUUCCAUCAGAAACCCGUUUGAAAGUCCUAAUGAUUAUCACCAUCUCCACGAACCCCUGGUGCCAAGUCCAUCUGUGUUCAAGUCCAAGCCUUGUAAAUCUACUCCACCUAAGUUUAACUGGUCUAUUGAUGAAAUGGCCAGUCUACAACCAGUUCACAUAGACCCAGAGGAAAUCCAGCGACAAUCCUUUUACCUCAGCCAGACAAGAAUGGAUUUCGACAUUGAAGAGAAGCGACAAAAUGCUAUUGAGCAGUUUUUUACUAAAGGAGCCAUUGUGCCUUCCCCCUGGGCCCCACCAGACUCCCGUAAACCCCCUCAGAUUUCUAAGAAAAGUUUUUCGUCCUCAGUGAUUGUGGAGGAAACAGAAAAAAUCUCAGUUGCUUGUCAGACAACUCUUUCGCUACCUUUAGCAGUUGAUUUGGAAAAAAUACUCGGGGAAUAUUACCGCAAUGAGGAAGUGUGUGAUGCUGUGCAGGAGAGUCUCAGUUCCUCCUCCUUAAGACGCAAACUCUUCCUGGAUGGUCAGAGUUCCGAUUGCUCCGGUCCUUCGAGCCCAGAGAGCAGCAGUGCCAUGCAGGAGAGGCCUCCACUAACCCGAGCAGGGGCAGAUGUAGGAGAGGUUGAGGGUUGCGAGGGAGACGCUGUAAUAAAUAUUUAUUCCUCCCCUGUGUGCCGUGGAGCCUCAGCCCAAACGCCUUCAACUGGUCAGUUCUCAUCCAGCCCCAUCCAGCAAGGUUGCUUCCGGGACUGUAGCCUCGGCAGCAUCACAAGCCCUGUGUUUCCUGGUGGGUCAUCUCCCGCUGGCUUUGCUUCUCCUGCUGUGUCUCCUAUUGUUGCACAAGCAGCAGUCACGCCCAUAGGCUCAGCUGAGAGGAAGCACACGAACGUUGUGACUCCACUUGGUGUUCCCCUGGAGGCAGAUGUCACAUCAUGCACCGAGAGUCCAUUUGUAGAGGGCUGUUCCCCAAUUCGUAGUUGCUCGCCACACCAGCUGCAUUACCUCAGUGAACCCCAGCACUAUGCCAGGCCAAAGCCCAGAAUCCGCAGUUGGGCCUCACCUCCUCUCAUCUCUCCCAUCCUCAACCCCAAGCUCCAAGACAAUCAUGAUGCUGAAGACUUAAAUCCUUCAUUGUCCUUCUCCUCCUCUCAUCCACCUAUGGAACUAGAUGUUUUGUCGCCAUUGGCCCAGGACAUUCAGCCUGGCACUACUGAGAGAGAAAGCAUAAAUCCUAUGGAACCUGUUAAAAUGGAGGAGGACAAGGACACCAGGGUGGAAGGGAAGGUGGAUGAAGACGAUGCCGAAGAGGAAAGAAGAGCGCCUUCUGAACUGCUCACCAGUUCUCGUAUGGGCAGCGUGUCUGUGAUAGAGAGCUCUCAGAUAUUCGCGUCUCUCCUGGCCGAGGGAAGCAGCAUACGCUGUGAAUCCAGCAUGCAGGUGGACAGCGGGUACAACACUACCUCAGCAGGCACUGCCAGUCUAAUAGAUGGCCUCAGCUCAGACUGCUACAGCAAAGAGUCCUUCAGUUCAAACCUGGCAGAAGAAGCGUUCCAGCUCACGAAGUACACUAAAGUAAAGGUAUUUUAUCCUCACCACUGAGCAGUCUGAUGCACUUAACUCUUCCAGUGGAAGCUUAAGAUGAUCAUUUGCAAAUAUACCAAUGUUUACACUGUGUUUAAAGUGUUUUGUUGAAUUGAUUAGGGUGAACAAUGUCAGGUAAAAAAGAAUUAAGGUUUAAUUAGUUCUUUCUGAAGUUCAGAUUACCUGCAUUACCACAGUUUGUUUUGUCACAGGUUCAUAAGAGAAUAACUAGCUCCUAGAUAAUCCUAAUCCCACUGAGAGGGACCUUGUUUAUGAUAUACUGGUGUGAUAAAGGGGAAAAUGAGAUUCUGUAUCAAAAUUUGCACAUUGUUAAACACAGCAGUCAGUGCUGUGUUUAUGCUAAUGCCACAAUUUCCAUUCUGUAUGGUGCUGAUAGAUCUUGACGUCAGUUUUGUACUGUAUUUAUGUUUUUUUAAAACCCUUUACCAUGAUGGUUUUACAUGACAAGAGCUUUUUUCCAUUUAUUGAAUUCAGAUUUGUUCUAAUUCAGGUGAAUAUUUAUUCUCUUUAUUUAGAUUGCAACACUGAAUAAUGCCACUCAUGAAUUUAAAGCUAAGUGAGCCAUUUGUUUGUUUUUAUAAAAUGGACUGGAUCAUUGUCACAUUAAAUUAUCUUGAAUACUUUGUCUUAAGGACCCAUUA